AUGGGUUGUUUUGCCUCGCGAAAUAACAGAAUCGAAAUAGAAGUCUCAGUUACUGCGGCAACAUCGACUUCAAGAAUCAGAGACAUUCCGCUGUCACACGAACAAAAAUGCAUUUUAAGAGAAUUUUGGCAGCUCAUUGAGCGCAUUAAGAGCGUCAUAGGAAAGAAAGUGUUUAAACGACUUUUUGAGUUCAACCCAAGAAUUCAAGACAUAUUUCCCGCCUUUACGAGUUUGAAACUUGAAGCCGUAAUCAACUCUCGAUCUCUGUAUCUUCACGUCAGACGAGUCAUGACUGCGCUGGAAAAUGCUGUGUUUUCUUUAAACGACGCAGAGGUUUUCAUCGAGUGUUCAAUUCACACAGGGAUGUAUAGGGACGGGGAAGAGGGGCAUAUAGGAGUGCGUAUUCGAGGAGACAUGGAGUUUAAUAAUCGACGGAACGUGUUUGCUCAUGAUGAAUCUCUCAAGUUGUCAUCGGCUAUCUCUCUAAGCACUAUU